AUGAUCAGAGAGGAAAUAAAAGUUGACUGCCAAGAAUUUGAUGAAUCUGAUGAAGAAUCAUAUGUUGGAGAGCUCACCAUAAGUGAACUAGCUGCAGGUUUUACUGAGACAUGUCUAAUGAAUGAGAAUCUGUGUGCAAAAGUAAGGGAGUACAGAAGUAUCAAUAGAUUCCUGCUAGAAGAAAGAGUAAGCCUUAUGAUAGACAUUACUGAUCGGGAAAGAAAACUAGAUAAGUCAAAUAUGCGCAAUGAUUCUAAAAGUCUAUCUGAAAGUAAUGUCAUAGAGAAUGUUUUAACAACAUCUGAAGACAUUGUGAAGCAAUCGUGUGAUGCAUCUCCCGUAUCUGACUCGGCAACACCGGAUGAGUCCUCUAACUCUAAUAGGAGUCUAGAGGUUGUACCUUUAAGGACGAUUAGUAGUGAUGAUGUAAAGGCCACAAAGCCUGAAACAGCACAUGCAAAACGGCCCAAGGAGGGUAAUCAUAACAAGGGCGCCAAACCUUCUGCAUCUAAUACCAUAGAGGAACUUACUAAAGAAGGAACCAGAUAUGUCGAUAAAGCAAUUACCAGAAUUGUUACACGCAUUCUGAAUGAAAAUCAUCAAAACGCCAGUAAGGCUGAAGUUGCUCACACCUCUGGUUGUGACCCAACUGAAGAGGAGAUCAUUAAGAAUGGACAAGGAGGUGCUGAGAAUACCAAUGUUACUGAGGAUGUCAAUGACAUCGAAGAGAAUAAGCACACUAAGGUCAAUACUGAAACAGGUACCAAUGUGGUAGACUUAGAUGAGUAUUCUGACGACGAGUUGCUUGCCUCAUUAAAUCCUAGUGUAGCCAACAGGCUGAUGACUAGAAGAAAAGCCAAAGCUAUUUUCCAAAGUUCCCCUGAAAAGAAUGCAAAAGCUAAGAGCACUGUUAAAGACUCUGUCAAGAAGAAGAGUACUUCUGCUGGUCCUAUCAAGAGCAGAGUUGUGGCUAAGAGUGUAGGGGUUGGUCCCUCAAAGUCCUGGAGCAAGGUUGUUCCAAAGAAAAGAAAGGAGAGGGAAAUUGUUGAAUAUGAGUUUGAUGUUGAAGGGGAUGUCCCUAACAUUCCAUCAAGGAAGAAGCCUACAACAAGCAAGCUUGCUGCAAUUAUUCCUGAAAUACCUAUUGAUAAUGUGUCAUUCCACUAUGCCUCCAGUGCCAGCAGGUGGAAAUAUGUGCUCCCAAAGAGACUGGCUGUUGAAAGGGAGUUGGCUCCAAAUGCUCUUGAGAACAAGGAAAUCUUAGAGCUAAUUCAGGAAGCUGGACUAUUAAAAGCUGUGUGCAACCUUCCCAAAUGUUAUGAGAGGCUGGUAAAAGAAUUUAUGGUGAACCUAUCUGAAGAUUGUGGAAACAGCAAGAGUGUGGACUUCAGAAAAGUGUUUGUGAGAGGUAAGUGUGUUUCGUUCUCUCCUUCUGUGAUUAAUAACUUCUUGGUAAGAACAAAUGAAGCUCAACCUAAGCUUGAAGUGACAGACAACAAGGGGGGUGUCAAAGCAAUUAGAAAAUGA